UCUGGAUACGCCCCCACCAGCAGUAGCAAGCGCAGUGCACCUUCCCGCCCGCCGCUGUCUUCUUCUUUAUAAAAUCAUCACUCGGCUCCACGCACUACAGCUACAGGGCAGGAGACCAGCGAAUAAUCCCACGGCUGUAGAGGAGAGAUGAGCUACUACGGCCAGCAGCAGGCGCCCGUCGGCGCGCCGCCGCAGCAAGGUUACCCGCCGCAGGGCUACCCUCCGCAGGGGUACCCGCCGCCGCAGCAGGGGUACCCGCCGCAAGGAUACGGCCAGCAGGGGUACCCGCCCCAGCAGCAGCAGCAGCAGCAGGGCGGGCCUUCCUUCAUGCAGGGAUGCUUGGCCGCCCUUUGCUGCUGCUGUCUCCUGGACGCGUGCUUCUGAGAAGAAAGAGAGAGACGUCAGGUUCAACCUCUGUGUUGUAGAAAUGCUCCACUGGGCACAUUUUUCUACUCCCUGCUUGUGAACCUCAUGCGAUUGGAUUAUUCGGUUGGUGUGCAUGGGAUGACUAUGAUCUGGUUGAAUGUAAUAUUCUGAUAUAUUAGAUUUUUGCAAAUAAUUCUGUGUAAUUUUA